AUGUCAUUACAAUUGUUGAAUCCUAAGGCGGAAUCGCUGAGAAGGGAUGCCGCUUUGAAGGUCAAUGUGACUUCUGCAGAGGGUUUGCAGUCCGUAUUGGAAACGAACUUGGGACCUAAGGGAACGUUGAAAAUGUUGGUUGAUGGAGCUGGAAAUAUCAAGCUGACGAAGGACGGAAAAGUUCUGUUGACAGAAAUGCAAAUUCAGUCUCCUACCGCUGUAUUGAUUGCGCGUGCAGCUGCCGCACAGGAUGAGAUUACCGGUGAUGGGACUACUACAGUAGUUUGUCUAGUAGGAGAGCUCUUGAAACAGGCCUAUAGGUUCGUGCAGGAGGGUGUGCACCCUAGAGUAAUUACUGAUGGGUUUGAUAUUGCCAGAAGGGAGACAUUAAACUUUCUAGAUCAAUACAAGGUGGCAAAAAAUGAGGAUGGUGCACUUGAUCGUGAGUUUUUAUUGCAAGUGGCUCGUUCUUCUCUGUCUACGAAAGUGAACGCAGAGUUGACUGAAGUGCUAACGCCUAUCGUGACUGAUGCAGUGUUGAAUGUUCAAAAUGACGAGACGGAUAAUUUGGAUUUGCAUAUGGUUGAAAUAAUGCAGAUGCAGCAUUUGUCACCCAAGGAUACAAUGUUUGUGAAGGGGUUGGUGCUAGACCAUGGUGGUAGACACCCUGAUAUGCCUAAUAGAGUUGAAAACGCACAUAUCCUGAUUUUGAACGUUUCCUUAGAGUAUGAAAAGACUGAAGUAAACUCAGGAUUUUUUUACAGUACAGCAGAUCAAAGAGACAAACUGGCCGCUAGUGAGAGAAAAUUUGUCGAUGCUAAAUUGAAGAAAAUCAUUGAUUUGAAGAAUGAAGUAUGUGGGUUGGAUUCCGAUAAAGGUUUUGUGAUUAUCAAUCAGAAGGGUAUCGACCCAAUGUGCCUCGAUGUGCUUGCAAAGAAUAAUAUCCUUGCUCUGAGGAGAGCUAAGAGACGUAACAUGGAAAGGUUGCAAUUAGUCACAGGUGGUGAAGCACAGAACUCCGUGGAAGAACUAACCCCUUCAGUAUUAGGUUACUCAGGUCUUGUUUAUCAAGAGACUAUUGGAGAGGAAAAAUUCACAUACGUUACAGGUAAUAAGAAUCCAAAAUCAUGUACCAUUCUCAUCAAGGGAUCCACACAUUAUGCAUUGAGCCAAACGAAGGAUGCCGUCAGAGACGGUCUAAGAGCUGUGGCCAAUUUGCUCAAAGACAAGAUGGUGAUCCCAGGUGCCGGUGCGUUCUUUAUCGCGGCUUCAAGACAUUUACUCGCAUGUAACAUGAAUAAACUAGGCGCCAAGGGAAAGAUAAAGACCGGUGUGGAAGCUUUUGCAGAAGGUUUACUAGUAGUACCAAAGACUUUGGUCAAGAACUCUGGGUUUGAUCCUCUCGACGUCCUGGCAAGCUGUGAGGACGAACUGAACGAGGCAGAUGAGCAAGAAGAACGCAGAUACGUCGGUGUUGAUCUUAAAAUUGGUGACUCCUGUGACCCAACCAUUGAAGGUAUCUGGGACUCAUACCGUGUUUUCAGAAACGCUAUCAACGGUGCAAGCGGUAUCGCCAGCAACCUACUGUUGUGUGACGAACUGCUGAGAGCCGGUAGGUCCACUUUGAAAGAAGGGGGCCACGAUAGAAAAUAG